CAGUGCCAGUGAGACUCAAAACGAGCCGUCAGUCGCGAAGAAAAAUCUCUCUCGAAGGUUUCUUUCGGAUCUCCGUUCGUGAUUAGUGUUGCGCCGCGAAUAAAAGAAGAAAAAAAAGAUACCACUGAUACUGCUUUUCUGCUGUCUCGACGAGAGAGAGAAGUGAAAAAAGGUGGAUUAAUAGUGCAUUCUCGUCUUUUCGGGUUGGUUUACAGUUGAACAGAAGGACACAGCCGUUCCGGAUUUACGAGUGGUUUACUAGGAAAUGACAGCAUCUGCUAUGAGUCCCGAAUACGAUUACCUAUUCAAACUGCUGCUGAUCGGCGACUCGGGUGUCGGAAAGUCAUGUCUACUGCUGAGAUUUGCCGACGAUACGUACACGGAAAGCUACAUCAGUACAAUCGGAGUCGACUUUAAAAUUAGAACAAUCGAAUUGGAUGGGAAGACGAUCAAACUACAAAUCUGGGAUACUGCCGGACAGGAACGUUUCCGCACGAUAACGUCAUCGUACUAUCGAGGUGCACAUGGUAUCAUCGUGGUGUACGACUGUACCGAUCAGGAGUCCUUCAACAACGUGAAACAGUGGCUGGAGGAGAUCGAGCGUUAUGCCUGUGAAAAUGUCAACAAACUACUAGUAGGCAACAAGUGUGAUCUGCAAACUAAGAAGGUAGUCGACACGACUACGGCUAUGGACUAUGCAAAUCAGCUCGGCAUUCCAUUCCUGGAGACAUCCGCCAAGAAUGCCACCAACGUAGAGCAGGCUUUCAUGACGAUGGCAGCGGAAAUCAAGAAUCGUGUCGGACCAACGUCGAGUUCAGCGGAAGCACCUAGUGCUGUCAAGAUCGACAAAGGUCGCAAUGUUGAGGCAAAGUCGGGCUGCUGCUGAACAGUUUCUACUACAUUUCAUUCGCUCGUACGUUCUGUUUCUAGUGUACAUUUCAGCCCAAAAAAAAACAAGUAAACAAAUUCAGCAGCAGGAAACCAAGCGUGUUUUCGUGUUUCUUCUAUGAUUACUUCAAACUUCAAAUGAUUGUGCACUGUUCUUCUACUAUAAUAGUUCUCAAUAAAAUACAAUCGAGUAUUGCAGCAGCCGCGGCAGCAGCAGCAGCAGCAACAGGUACGCAAAUACCUUUUUUUUUUCGUUUUCGAACACGCAUUCUCACAUUCAAUCGAAAGUAAAUCUAUAUACAGACUACAACACAGCAGAAAUGAUAACCAGUUUAGGACGCCGCAAGUCUGGUUCUAUUUAUCUAGGAAAUAGGAACAGUGAAACAAGAAAAGCAUACGCGCGCAGAUAAGGAAGAAAAGCAAGAAAAGGUAGCGAAUGUUGAAGAAUAAACGCUAGCAUAAGAGAAACAAUAUUAUUCAUUAGAGGAAAAUACUUUUACUAGAGCGAACCAACCAAGAGAAAACUAGCUAAAGUUUGGAUGAACAAGUGACAGGCUAAUAUUUGUAUUGAUGAAUGGUAGGAACCGCUUAUACAGUAAAAAAAGGUGAAUUUUGAAUAAAUUAGCAAAGCAUUAGUUUUGCCAUCGGUUUAAAAAAAGAACAGAGCUCCGUUCUUUUCCGAAAACAACAACAAAAAAACGACAGUCUUGAAAGGUUGGACAUAAAACAACGACCUUAACGAUCGAGGAAAAGGUAAAACAAUCCAAACCCGGCCUCCCACUUUGUAUUCUUUGUGCAUAUUAUUGGCAUUUUCAGAACCUUUCCGAGUGGUCGUUGCAGAAUGGCCAACUGACAAGCAGGACAAUUUGAAAAUCGCGAAAUUCCACUAGUAAAUAGCGACCUAGUUUGAUCCCGUUCAUCAAUUUUUAAUACGAUUGAAAGUAAAUCCACUCUAACGGUUUUUUUGUCUGAAACGUAGAAAGAACUAUACAAAUCGAUAGACGGCCCUCUGAUUGCAGGGCAGUAGAAUGGGAAGUAAAUUUCCGUAGGCUCUUAUCAUAUAGUUUAUAUUCAUAAUAUAAUAAGCUGAGUCUUUUUUUUGUGUCUACUACAUUUAUUUUAAACAAGCAAGUGAUGAAAAGUUUAUAUCGGAUGUAUUUAUUCAUUAGUCUGACGCAAUUCGUUCUAUUAGAAGAAGAAAAAAAAAACAAAUUUAUUUUAGUCAGUUUCUUUCCUCACAUUUGAUCCCAACCGUAGGAACAAUACUUUUUCCGAGUGUAUUCCCUGAACACAAAUACAAUAGAGUCAACAUAACGAAAUUUCCCUUCUCGGUUUUGCCCAUCAUGCACGCAAAUAUUUUGUACUUUCUACAACUACAAACAGCUACUAUUACUACUACUACUACUACUACUUGAUCGUUCUGAAACAGAGAAACCAAUGACAAAUUCAUAAGAUUCCGUAUGGUUUGGAAGACACGAAACAAAACUGAAUCGAAAAUAACAGCAAAAGCAGCACGCAACCAAUAGAAUGGAAUCCGGGGAAAAAAAUACAACUAACAAAUCGUAAAUAAAGAAAAAAACUUUAAAAUCAAA